AUGAGUAAAGACAAAACAAAAUUUUCGUUGAAUGUUAAUAUUAAAAGAGAAGAUGAGAAGGCAUUGGUUUAUUAUAAGCAAGAUGGUCAACGAUUUGAAUACAACUGUACAAUAAAGUUGAAUGUUGAAACUACUUAUAAAUUUCUUCUCACUUUUCGGCCUCCCCUAAAGGUGAAAUCUGCUACACUAAAAGGGACAUUGAUGGAAUUGCAUGAGGAAGAAAGAACUUCAGAAUUUGCUUCUUACAGUUUUGUAUGGGCAAGCCAUAAUGCUUGUGUCUCAAAGAAGAAUCACAGAGAUCACUUUCCUUUGUCAUUAGCUACAAAGUACGCGACACAGCAAAAAGUAGACCAAAAUUGGGAACCUGUAGUUGUUGCACAAGGUUCUCGUAUUGAUAGUUUGAGUUUGAAUACAUUGGACAUCACAUUCCAGUUCAAGUUUUACAAGGCUGAUGAUAACAACCACUGUGUCUGGGGUAAUGGUCUCCAUCAUAUUGAGUAUGAUUGUAUUUAUAAAUCUGAUUCCGAUUCUUAUGAAAUGGAAAAGGAAACUGUUAGAUGA